ACAUCAUGGCAGCCCAUCAGGAGAAAAAAACUUCUGAAGAAAGAAAACGCAAAAGCACCCAAAAUGAUACUCGAACAUCUCAAGUCCAGUGGGGAAGAGCAUGGGAAGUGGACUGGUUUUCCUUGGCAAACAUCAUUUUCCUGCUCAUGUUUGCGCCACUUAUCGUAUAUUACUUCAUAAUGUCAUGUGACCAGUACCAGUGCUCUCUGAUUGAUCCACUCAUUGACUUGUUCACGGGGAAUAAACAUCUGUCUGAUAUCUGGAACAAGACUCCUACACUGACCUAUAGGGCUGCUGGGAUCUAUACCCUUUGGGUUGCUUUCCAGGUGGUUUUGUAUCUGUUCAUUCCUGACUUCUGCCAUAAGUUUCUUCCUGGAUAUGUAGGAGGUGUACAAGAAGGUGCUGUCACCCCUGCUGGUAUAGUGAAUAAGUAUGAAAUCAAUGGACUUCAGGCUUGGAUCAUUACCCAUGUGCUUUGGUUUGCAAACGCCUAUUACUUCCACUGGUUCUCACCCACCAUCAUUUUUGACAACUGGAUUCCUCUCCUGUGGUGUGCCAAUGUUCUGGGAUAUGCAGUUUCCACAUUUGCAAUGAUUAAAAGCUACUUUUUCCCUACCAAUGCCAAAGACUGCAAAUUCACUGGCAACUUCUUUUAUGACUACAUGAUGGGGAUUGAAUUUAACCCUCGAAUAGGAAAGUGGUUUGAUUUCAAGCUGUUCUUCAAUGGGCGCCCUGGUAUUGUAGCCUGGACUCUAAUUAACUUAUCCUAUGCUGCUAAACAACAGGAGCUGUAUGGUCAAGUAACCAACUCCAUGAUCCUUGUCAAUGUCCUUCAGGGUAUUUAUGUUUUGGACUUCUUCUGGAACGAAGCCUGGUAUCUGAAAACCAUUGAUAUCUGCCAUGAUCAUUUUGGAUGGUAUUUGGGCUGGGGAGACUGUGUUUGGUUGCCUUACCUCUAUACUUUGCAGGGUUUGUAUUUGGUUUACCACCCUGUCCAGCUGGGCACAGCUAAUGCUAUAGGAAUCUUGAUGUUGGGUUUGAUCAGCUAUUACAUCUUCAGAAUGACCAACCACCAGAAGGACCUCUUCCGUCGUACAAAUGGCAACUGCAAGAUAUGGGGGAAGAAACCAGAGUAUAUUGAGUGCUCCUAUAUGUCUGUGGAUGGGACCAAGUACUACAGCAAACUGAUGACCUCAGGAUUCUGGGGGUGGGCACGCCAUUUUAAUUACACAGGAGACUUGAUGGGAUCCCUGGCCUAUUGCCUGACUUGCGGGUUUGAACACAUCUUGCCUUACUUCUAUAUUGUCUAUAUGAGUAUUCUGCUAACCCACCGUUGCAUUAGGGAUGAACACCGUUGUUUCAGCAAAUACGGGAAGGACUGGAAGCGCUACACUGCUGCAGUGCCUUACCGGCUCAUACCAGGAAUAUUUUAAGGCUAAUGCAGAAUCCAGGGAAGAGGAAAAAAAAAAAAAGAAACUUUUUUUUGGAGGUGAAGAGAGUUUAUUACAUAGUUUAACUAACAAAAACACUUCGUGAAGGACACUUAUACGGUUCUGAAGGAGAAAAUGUGGCUGGACAAUAAUUCUUGCUGUACUGAAGGAGCAUGCAGGCAGACUGUAUUUAAAUGAUAUGAGGCACUGAAAUGGUCUGGUUUUUUAGAAGACUCUCU